CGGAGUGUGGCCCAGGUCACCGCCUGCGCUUCGGCGGCCAUCUUGCCCGCGUCCGUCUCCAGCGGCGGGAGGGGCGGCUUACAGGCCGGAAACGUCUGUGUGGCGACACGCCACCUCCUCAGGGACAUAGCAAGAAUCUGAAGACAUGUUUAAGAAACUUCCUCUAUUUAGCUGGAGAGACGGCUCAGAGGUUAAGAGCACUCUGCUCCUGCAGAAGACAUGACUUCAGUUUCCAGCACCCACAUCAGGUGACACGCAACAGCCUGUAACUCCAGGUGAUCCAACACUGUCUCCUGGCCUCUAAAGUGAAUGGACCUGACUGGACUUUUUAAGCCCAUCAACAAACAUGAGCGGUACCAAGCCUGACAUUUUGUGGGCACCACACCAGGUUGAUAGAUUUGUUGUAUGUGACUCAGAGUUGAGCCUUUAUCAUGUGGAAUCAGCUGUGAAUUCAGAACUCAAAGCUGGAUCAUUACGUUUAUCUGAAGAUUCUGCAGCUACAUUACUGUCAAUAAAUUCAGAUACACCCUAUAUGAAAUGUGUUGCAUGGUAUCUCAAUUAUGAUCCUGAAUGUCUCCUAGCAGUAGGACAAGCAAAUGGUCGAGUUGUACUUACAAGUCUUGGUCAAGAUCAUAACUCUAAGUUUAAAGAUUUGAUAGGAAAAGAAUUUGUUCCAAAACAUGCUCGACAAUGCAAUACCCUUGCAUGGAAUCCACUGGAUAGUAACUGGCUUGCUGCUGGUCUAGACAAACACAGAGCUGACUUUUCUGUUCUAAUAUGGGAUAUCUGCAGCAAAUAUACUCCUGAUAUUGUUCCCAUGGAAAAAGUGAGACUUUCGGCAGGUGAAGCUGAAACAACAUUAUUAGUAACAAAACCACUGUAUGAGUUAGGGCAGAAUGACGCCUGCCUAUCUCUUUGUUGGCUUCCACGAGACCAGAAACUUCUUCUUGCUGGCAUGCAUCGUAACCUAGCCAUAUUUGAUCUUCGGAACACAAGCCAGAAGAUGUUUGUAAAUACAAAAGCUGUUCAAGGAGUGACAGUAGACCCUUACUUCCAUGAUCGUGUUGCUUCCUUCUAUGAAGGUCAGGUUGCAAUAUGGGAUCUUAGAAAAUUUGAGAAGCCAGUUUUGACUUUGACUGAACAACCAAAGCCCUUGACAAAAGUAGCGUGGUGUCCAACUAGGACAGGACUGCUUGCCACUUUAACAAGGGAUAGUAAUAUCAUUAGGCUGUAUGAUAUGCAGCAUACACCCACUCCCAUUGGGGAUGAAACUGAACCCACAAUAAUUGAAAGAAGUGUGCAACCUUGUGACAAUUACAUUGCUUCCUUCGCAUGGCAUCCAACGAGUCAAAAUCGAAUGAUAGUUGUGACUCCCAACCGAACAAUGUCUGACUUCACUGUAUUUGAAAGGAUAUCUCUUGCCUGGAGCCCAAUUACAUCUUUAAUGUGGGCUUGUGGUCGCCAUUUGUAUGAAUGUGCAGAAGAAGAAAGUGAUAAUUCCUUAGAAAAAGAUAUCGCAACAAAAAUGCGCCUUCGGGCUUUAUCAAGGUAUGGACUUGAUACAGAACAGGUCUGGAGAAACCAUAUUUUAGCUGGCAAUGAAGACCCACAGCUCAAGUCCCUCUGGUAUACUCUGCACUUUAUGAAGCAAUAUACAGAAGAUAUGGAUCAAAAAUCUCCAGGCAACAAAGGAUCAUUGGUUUAUGCAGGAAUUAAAUCAAUAGUAAAAUCAUCUUUGGGAACAGUAGAAAGCAGCAGACAUAAUUGGAGUGGCUUGGAUAAACAAACUGAUAUUCAGAACUUAAAUGAAGAGAGGAUUUUAGCGUUACAGCUUUGUGGAUGGAUAAAGAAAGGAAUGGAUGUAGAUGUGGGGCCAUUUUUGAACUCCCUUGUGCAAGAAGGAGAAUGGGAAAGAGCUGCUGCUGUGGCUUUGUUCAACUUGGAUAUUCGGCGAGCCAUCCAAAUCCUGAAUGAAGGGGCGUCUUCAGAAAAAGGAGAUCUGAAUCUCAAUGUGGUGGCGAUGGCUUUAUCAGGGUAUACAGAUGAGAAGAACUCCCUGUGGAGGGAGAUGUGCAGCACACUACGCUUGCAGCUCAACAACCCCUAUCUGUGUGUCAUGUUUGCAUUUCUGACGAGUGAAGCAGGGGCAUAUGACGGAGUGUUGUAUGAAAACAAAGUUGCUGUACGUGACAGAGUGGCAUUUGCUUGUAAAUUCCUUGGUGAUGCUCAGUUAAAUAAAUACAUUGAAAAGUUGACCAAUGAAAUGAAAGAGGCUGGAAAUUUGGAAGGGAUCUUGCUUACCGGCCUCACUAAAGAUGGAGUGGACCUGAUGGAGAGCUAUGUGGAUAGAACUGGAGAUGUCCAAACAGCAAGCUACUGCAUGUUACAGGGUUCACCUUUAGACGUUCUGAAAGAUGAAAGGGUCCAGUAUUGGAUUGAGAAUUACAGAAAUUUAUUAGACGCCUGGAGGUUCUGGCACAAGAGGGCUGAAUUUGAUAUUCAUAGGAGUAAGCUGGAUCCCAGUUCCAAGCCUUUAGCACAGGUGUUUGUGAGUUGUAAUUUUUGUGGCAAAUCAAUCUCCUACAGCUGUUCCUCUGUGCCUCAUCAGGGCAGAGGGUUUAGUCAGUAUGGUGUGAGUGGCUCACCAACAAAAUCCAAAGUCACAAGCUGCCCUGGCUGUCGGAAACCCCUUCCUCGGUGUGCGCUUUGCCUCAUUAAUAUGGGAACGCCUGUUUCUAGCUGUCCUGGUGGAUCCAAAUCAGAUGAAAAAGUGGACUUGAGCAAGGACAAGAAGUUAGCUCAGUUUAACAAUUGGUUUACCUGGUGUCACAAUUGUCGGCACGGUGGGCAUGCCGGACAUAUGCUAAGUUGGUUCAGGGACCAUGCAGAGUGUCCUGUAUCCGCAUGCACAUGUAAAUGUAUGCAGUUGGAUACAACAGGAAAUCUGGUACCAGCAGAGACUGUCCAGCCAUGAAAUGUUCCACCUAAAGGGAAACCUUCAAGUGUGGAGUUUUUAGUAGAUGUCCUUCAUAGCUCAGAAAAAUACCUCAGAACAAGUCACUCAUGACUUUCCUAUAAUGGGAAAAUAAAUCAUUCUAUCAGCUCAGCAAUUUGAUAUUUGAGUGAUUUUGACGUACUUCUCUGCUGAUAUGAACAUCAGAGCAUGAAUAUCGGUGCUGUUUAGUAGGUUAGAAGUUCAUUUGAAAGAACUUUCUAGGCUUUUGUCAAAAUUAUGUGUAUAGAUGGUUUUAGAAUAAAAACAGACCUUGUGCCUGCAUCUUCAAUCUGAAAUUGAUAGCUUUUGAUAAAAUCUGUAUAUGUUUAAAGCUAAAUGCCAAUUCAGUGGUUCAUAUAUAAAUUUAAGCUUACUCAUGCUUAAAUAUGCUUUCAGAGAAAAUGUGAAUUUUUACAUUGAGAAUUAGGUCCUGACCCACACUAGAGAAUACAUGCAUGUGUGCAUAUGUGCACACGCACAUUUAAGAAAUGUUCUCCCUCAUACAUUAUAUUUUAAUAUAAAAGAUUUUGACAUAGGUCUUUCUUGUCUUCCUCAAAAAUCCAAGUUAAGAGCAGGCCAGUGAGAUGGUUCAGCAUGUGCGGAGGCUUGCUGCCAACACUGAAGACCUAAGUACAGUCCUUAGGACCCAUGUGUGGAAAGCAGUGACUCAGCUGACCUCCAGAAGUAUGCUGCAGAAUGGGGCAGGCAGGUGUAUAUGCGCACACAUAUACACACUUAGAAAAUAAAGAAUAAAAAAUGUAAAACAA